GAGCAAUAGGAUUGCAAUUGCAAAGUGGGGCAAACAAGAGAGCCAGUCUCACAGUCGCUUCACGAUUUCCAUGGUCAUCAACACAUUUUUGUAGGAGGACAACACCAUCAUUCACAAUGUCACACACCAUUCUGUUGGUUCAGCCCACCAAGAGGCCCGAGGGAAGGACAUACGCGGACUAUGAGUCUGUCAACGAGUGCAUGGAAGGUGUCUGCAAAAUGUACGAGGAGCAUCUCAAGAGGAUGAACCCCAACAGUCCAUUGAUUACAUACGACAUCAGUCAACUAUUCGAUUUCAUAGAUGACUUGGCUGACCUCAGCUGCUUGGUGUACCGUGCCGACACACAGACGUACCAGCCGUAUAAUAAAGACUGGAUAAAGGAAAAGAUCUACGUGCUGCUGCGUAGACAGGCUCAGCAGGCUGGCAAGUGAAGCAAGCCCAGGAAGCUCCAGAGACCCACGACAGCCAUCAGGAGAAAUGACGAGACGUCACCCGCGGGGAGGAGCAGGAGCUGGGC